UUGUUCGGUCGACCGCCAAACAUCAGCUGUAGGUUCAAUGUGUUUUUUUUAAUCUUGAUUUCAAAAAAAAAAUUCAACCAAGAUCCAUAGGAUCUAUCUAUAGAUGGAACAUGCUGCCAACAUUGGUGACAAGGACAUUACAUUUCGAUAUUAUUAUAAAGUUUUAUAUUCAAAAUCGAUUGCCGAUUAUUUGAUCUUGUCGAUCAAACACGAUGGUCAUUACAAUGCACAACAAUAUCGAUGUCUGGCAUCAUCGUUUUUCCGUAAUCCAAGAAAGAUAGAAUCAUAUUUCAGUGCAAUAGGAGGCGAAUCCGAUGAUCCACCACCAGAUCUAACCCCAGAACAAGUUACAGCCAUAUUACGAACGAAUGAAUCGUUGGUGCUGAACAAUGCUACUGCAGCUGAAAACGUGCGAUUUUUGGAGAAUUUCCUCGAUGUUCUGGAAUCGAAAAAAUUUGCCAAGAAUAAAAAAUUUGAAGCCAUUCGAAGGAAACAGCGACGAAUCACAUCAUCGGAGAGGCAGCCACAACCGAAAAAAUUAUAUUCAUUAGUCGAUCAUCCAUGGAUUUCACAAGUUGAAUCGAAUCAAUUGGCCUCAAAUCAUCCAAUCGAGGAUCGACUACGUGUUUCCACAAUAAAUUUGGACGAUGAAGAUGAUCACAGAUCAAUUAUAUUCGGUGUUUUCGAUGGCCAUGGUGGUGGAUUCUGUGCCGAUGUCAUUGCUCGACGUUUGUUUCAUUAUGUAGCUAUUGGACUGAAAGCUAGACACUUAAAUUUAACUCAGCCUAAAGACACGGCCUCAAUUGAUGCCAAUGAUAUUGCUAAAAUAGUUUCUGAUCAUUCGUUAUCACCAUCGAAUUUCUAUCAUAACAUUCAUUCAAUAUAUGAAGCUGAAGUAGCACGUCGGUUGCAAUCUCGGAUUGAAGAAUUCGAAAUGGAUGCUCUACAAAAAUUUGCCAUCGAUGAAUUGGAACAUCAUCAUGAAAAAACAGAUGAUGUAAUCAAAUCCAUUAUCGAACGAGCUUUCAUCCGCUGUGAUCAAGAUCUUGACCGAGAGAUCGAAUUGAAUCUAACUAAUACUACAUCGAAUCUUUUAUUACACUAUUAUCAUUCACUUGCCGUAUCUGGUUCUUGUGCCACAGUGGCUCUAGUCAUUGACAACAAACUUUACAUUGCUUCAACUGGUGAUUGUCGUGCUGUAAUGGGAUUGCUUCGUGUCGAUGAUCAUCAACAACAACAACAAAUCAGUCAACAAUCCAAACAGCGAUUAUCACCAUUGGAAAAGAAACAAAAAUUACGUGUAAUUGAAUUAUCACGUGAACAUAAUUCCGAUAAUGUUAGUGAAUUGAAUCGAAUAUAUUCAGAACAUCCAAAGGAAGAAAAUAAUUUUAUUAUUCGGGAACAUAGGCUAUUAGGACAGUUGAUGCCAUUACGUGCAUUUGGUGAUUUUCCAUUCAAAUGGUCAGUGGAUAAAAUGAAACAAUUAGGUCUUACACGAGCUUUUGGUAGUCAUGUUAUUCCCACUUUUUAUCGGACACCACCAUAUCUGAUUGUUACACCUGAAAUAACAAUGUUCGAUUUGGAACAAGAUGAUAAUAUGUGGCUUGAUCGAUUUGUCAUAAUGGCUACCGAUGGCCUUUGGGAACAGUUUGAAUCAUCAUAUAAAGUGGUCAAAGCUGUGAAUCGUUAUAGACAAAAUCUUAGUCAACAAAUUAUGGCCUAUACAUCUGCACAGGUGUUUAAAAUUGAACCUGUAAACGAUGAAGAUGAAUAUUCAUCAUCAUUGACAUUGCAAGAGAUUAUUGAUCGUUUAAAUAAACAGGUAAAACAUGGCCCAAUAACAACAUUUAAACGUGUUACAGCCGAUGAUGAUCUUAUCGAAGAUAUUAAUUGUGGUACAUUUUUAUUACGAACUGCUUUAAGCGAUAUUUCAGCCAAUCAAUCAGUGCCACGACCAAAUAUCGGUAAAGUACCAGAAUCAGAUCCAUUAUUAAUGGAACAAGAAGAAGAACGAGAAAAAUUUUCACAUCAUGUUGAUCAAUAUGAACAACAAAAACGACGACAUCAAAAAUUGGUAUCCUAUCUGACAUUACCACAAUCGGUUGUUCGCAAUUUUCGUGAUGAUAUAUCAUUGAUUGUAAUCGGUCUAAAAUAAAAAUGAAACACAUCAUUUUAUUAUUUCCUCACAAACUAAAAAAAAAAUGU